GGUUGUUACGUUGUAACUACUCGCCUCUCAUCGCAAACGAGCCGCACAGCCGAGCGGGCUGACGUUGUAGCUUAACUGAAGUCUCGUUAGUAUGUGCAGCGGCGCGUGCGAGGCGGUUUCCUACAAACAUUCCGGAUUUUUGUGGAUUUUCAGUCGGUAAAAGAAGUCGAGCUUCCGCAGGAGGAUACAGAGCAGCAAGAUGCGAAAUAUGAUCCUGAUGGCGCUUCUGCUGGUUCGCCUGCCAACAGAGCUGCUGUCCGUUACAGUGAAUGUUCCAGAGACGGAGAGGAGGACGAUGCUGUUUGCCUCUGUGAUUCUGCGCUGUGACUACUCAACCUCAGCGAACCAGCAGGACGUCCUGGUCUCCUGGAAGUUCAAAUCCUUCUGUAAAGACCCUGUACUGGAUUACUACUCGACAGCCUAUCAGGCAGCUCUGCUGCUCCGUCAGGACCCCUCCAAUGACUGCCCGGACCGCCAGCGCACAGUUCGUACUGUGAUCCAGAAACGGGGCAUCAAUGAGCCCAUCCUGGGUGCAGAAUACAGGAACCGCAGAAUUACAAUUCGAAACACUGCUGAUCUGGUCAUCACUGAGGUGAUGUGGUGGGAUAAUGGUGUGUAUUUUUGCACCAUUGAUGCGCCCGGUGACACAACAGGGGACUCGGAUCGUGAAGUCAAGCUCAUCGUGUUCCACUGGCUGACGGUCCUGUUAAUCAUCAUCGGUGGUCUCCUGCUCAUCAUGCUCUUUUGCAUAUGCUGCUGUCAGUGCUGCCCGCAAAAUUGUUGCUGCUAUGUCCGCUGCCCUUGUUGUCCUCGGACAUGCUGCUGUCCAGAAAAAGCUGUGAUGGAGCACAAGAUGCUGAAAGAAGCUCGGAAAGCUAUGUUACCCUGGAUGAAUGGUCAGCCCAUUUAUGCUCCCAUCAGCUCCAAUGCUUCCUCCCAGGGCGUUCCCAUUCUGUAUUCAGAUUCAUACUCAGACUACCCAAACAAGCACAACUUUGCCAUGGCUCCCAUGCAGCUGUCACCCAUGGGCCUACAGCAGCAGCCGCCGCCUCCUCCUUUACACUAUGGCAACAGCAGUGUGCGUGGCAGCAUUCAUGGUAACAACCAAGUGUUGGAAUACUUCGAGAAUCAAGUGAGAGGGCUUGAUGUCAUUGCACCAGGGAUGGCUCCUCAUGCUGUCCAGAAUGUGCCUCCAUUACAGGCUCAGCCUGCUCCUCCACAAGUUUCCUACACACCAGGGCCUCCGAGUGUGUUGUCAGCACUGGAUGAGAUGGGGACGAGAGGGAUGGAGAGAAGAGUGAUCACCCUGCCUCCUAUUAUUCAGCGUGUACCCAGCUUUUCUUCACGCAGGGGCCCUGGUGGUGGAGAUGGAACUAGGGGGGCUCUCAGGAUGUCCAGCCAGUCCAGUGGGAGUACAAACCGCUCAGCAGGUGGUCUCCACCGCAACAGUCGUGGAUCAAGAGACAGAUACAGAAGUGCCUCUCCUCCCAGGCGGGGAAUCCUGCGUGAUUACAUUGAUGAUUCGGAUAGGGACACCAGGCGGGGAAGAGCAUCUCACAGGAGGAACGAGAGAGGGAGUUCGUCCAGGCACCGUGCCCGAAGUCGCGAUGACCUCAUGGAUGAGCUGCAAAGCAGAGCUCCUCGUAGGCAGAGGAGCUACUCACCUCCCCUGCACUGCAACGGGUCCUGGAGCUCAGAUGAAGAGGACAGUAUGAGAAGAAAAGGAGGAAAAGGGAGGGACUGGUCAGAGUUGCCUCCCAGCUACCACUCCAUCGACAUUCAGCCUCCACGCAGUAACAACCAGAGGAACUACGACCGCCUUUCUGAUCGAAGCUCCCAUAGCAACACCACCGUAGUCAUCUGAAACAUUUCUGUCUUUUGAUCUUUUCUUGAAAACGGUAAAAAUAAUGAUGAAGAAGUCGGUGCCUGUUUGGUCACCUGGAAGGAACAAAGAUGUUGUUGAUUCAUUUAGUAGUGUAAACAUAUUGUAUGAGUAUAAUUGUACCGUUAUGCCGUUACUGCGCGUAACGGCACCAAAAAUAACUGUUCGGGUGAUGGUGUAUACUGCAGGUGAUGUGCAGCUGCAUGAAGUCAUAUUAUUGAUUGUUAUUAAUAUGAUUGUAUGGGAUUCUUGUCCUAGUUCUCUUGAAUUGUCUUAUGUGUGGUGAUGGAUUUUUUGGGUUAAGUGCGUUUGUCGUUGUAAAAAGGUGUCUGUGCUGAAAAAGAUCCAGGACUCGCAGAAGAGAUUCCUACUUUCUAGUUUUACUUUCUGGUUAAGCAUAAGUUUAAUAAAGAUACAGUGUUUAUUUGUUUUUAUUUUUGUUUUGCUCUUAAGUUUGUUUUUUACAGUAAUUUCUUUUUUGCCUUCCUUACGCUAUUUAAAAAUUGUUUUUAUAUAUAUGUAUAUAUUUUUUUUUAUCCAUUGUACGUGGAUAAAGCAGUAACGGUAGCAAUGGAAACUACAUUUGCAGGAAGAUGGACUGAUUAGUGGAUGUUUUGAGAUCUGGAUGCACCCACACCGAAAUAUAAUUGUGACUGGAUUUUUUUUUUUUUAAUAGAGAUGUAACUUUGUUGUAAAGUAUGUGUUUUUAAUAAAAUCUUUACAAU